GUGAACAGUAGCCGGCCAAUCCGGUUUGAAUCUCAUUUUUUUCCUCUCACCCCCCCUUCAGGAGCGGUUGUGCGAUCAGAUCGAUCUAAGAUGGCGACUGUGGAACCGGAAACCACCCCUACUCCUAAUCCCCCACCUACAGAAGAAGAGAAAACAGAAUCUAAUCAGGAGGUUGCUAAUCCAGAACACUAUAUUAAACAUCCUUUACAGAACAGAUGGGCACUCUGGUUUUUUAAAAAUGAUAAAAGCAAAACUUGGCAAGCAAACCUUCGGCUGAUCUCUAAGUUUGAUACUGUUGAAGACUUUUGGGCUCUGUACAACCAUAUCCAGUUGUCUAGUAAUUUAAUGCCUGGCUGUGACUACUCACUUUUUAAGGAUGGUAUUGAGCCUAUGUGGGAAGAUGAGAAAAACAAACGAGGAGGACGAUGGCUAAUUACAUUGAACAAACAGCAGAGACGAAGUGACCUGGAUCGCUUUUGGCUAGAGACACUGCUGUGCCUUAUUGGAGAAUCUUUUGAUGACUACAGUGAUGAUGUAUGUGGAGCUGUUGUUAAUGUUAGAGCUAAAGGUGAUAAGAUAGCAAUAUGGACUACUGAAUGUGAAAACAGAGAAGCUGUUACACAUAUAGGGAGGGUAUACAAGGAAAGGUUAGGACUUCCUCCAAAGAUAGUGAUUGGUUAUCAGUCCCAUGCAGACACAGCUACUAAGAGCGGCUCCACCACUAAAAAUAGGUUUGUUGUUUAAGAAGACACCUUCUGAGUAUUCUCAUAGGAGACUGCGUCAAGCAAUCGAGAUUUGGGAGCUGAACCAAAGCCUCUUCAAAAGCAGAGUGGACUGCAUUUAAAUUUGAUUUCCAUCUAAAUAUUGCUAAGAUAUAAGAGAAGUCUCAUUCGCCUUUGUCUUGUACUUCUGUGUUCAUUUUUUUUUUUUUUUUUUGGCUAGAGUGUCCACUAUCCCAAUCAAAGAAUUACAGUACACAUCGUCCCCACAAUCCAUAAAUGUGUUCCUGGCUCACUCUGUAAUAGCUUAGUAUAAUUAACCAUUACAAACACAUUUGACCCACCCACAAUAUUAAAAAAAGAAUUUGCAUUUCUGUAUCUUACAGGAGAAAGAUUCUGUUUAUGUUCCAUUGUACGCAGGAGCAUAUUUUGCUGGUUUGAAAGAGUAUGAUGCAUACAGUUUUCUAGCAAUUUUCUUUGUUUCUUUUUACAGCAUUGUCUGUGCUGUACUCUUGCUGAUGGCUGCUAGAUUUUAAUUUAUUUGUUUCCCUACUUGAUAACAUUAGUGAUUCUGAUUUCAGUUUUUCAUUUGUUUUGCUUUUGUUUUUUUCCUCAUGUAACAUUGGUGAAGGAUCCAGGAAUAUGACACAAAGGUGGAAUAAACAUUAAUUUUGUGCAUUCUUUGGUAAUAUUUUUGUUUUUUGUAACUACAAAGCUUUGCUACAAAUUUAUGCAUUUCAUUCAAAUCAGUGAUCUAUGUUUGUGUGAUUUCCUAAACAUAAUUGUGGAUUAUAAAAAAUGUAACAUCAUAAUUACAUUCCUAAUUAGACUUAGUAUGUCUGUUUUUGUAUCUUUAUGCUGUAUUUUAACACUUUGUAUUACUUAGGUUAUUUUGCUUUGGUUAAAAAAAAAUGGCUCAAGUAGGAAAGCGGUCCCAUUCAUAUUAAGACAGUGUACAAAACUGUAAAUAAAAUGUGUACAGUGAAUUGUCUUUUA